UUCCGGCGCCACCUAACCCAAAAGGCGGUGAAUGCAAGCAGAAUUUUGCAAUAAUAUUGUAAUAAUAUCGUAAGAAUGUAUAACUCAUGCGAAGAAGACGAUGUUUUGCAAUGUCCGUACAAUAAAUAUCAUUUUAUAUCAUUGCUGAGAUUCUCGCGGCAUCUCGUCAAAUGCGAGAAGAAUUAUCCAAACAAUUUGAAAGUAAUCUGUCCGUACGAUGCCACUCAUCGCUUGGACAAGAUCGAUAUCGGACAACACAUCAGGCAUUGUCCCGCAAGAACGACCGUUGAAGCGUAUUUCUUUCCACUAAACAAUCACAACAAAAAUGAUACGAAAUUGGAGGAAGAACACAGCUCUGGGACUGAAAAUAAUGUUGAUGAAGACGUUUCGGAAGAUUUAGGAGAUCCUGAAAACUCUCUAAGUUAUGCGUUAGAAAAUGCGUUAUCAUUGGAAAAAGAUAAAAGAUUAGUCGACAACUUGCAAGAUGAUCAAUCCAAAUUUAAAUCCAUGACAGCUUUUGAAUCAUUGUCCAAUAAAGAGAAAGAAGAGAUACAUGACAGAAAAAUCAGACAGAGAAUGAGCGAUUACAGUGGUUUUCUUGACGAUGAGUCAAUUAUUUCAAGAGAAGUGUCGAUGGUUGGUAGAAGAGCUAUUGGACGAGGCAUAUCUGAUUACUUUGACGGUGCAAUUGACGGAUCUGUUGGAGAAGAAGAAUCAUUAGUCGGUUUAAGGGCUAUUGGCAGAGGUCGACCAACGUCUAGCCAUGCCGAGCGUCUUGUGAGAUUCAGAAUGAAAGGAGGAAAAACUGGAGGAAAAUUACCUAAGAUCGUAUGAAACACAGAGAAUUAUAGAAAACACAUUUUCAAAACUCGAUUCCUCAAAAUAACAAAAAGUUAAUCAAGAUGUACAAGAGAUGAACAAAAAGUAUCAGUUUUUGAGUUUUGCGUUUAUUAAUAAUCCAUUAGUGAAUACUUUGUGAAAUUUUUUAUUUUUUUUUAGUUUUGUAUAAUUAUCUUAUUAUUUACAUCCUUAAGAGAAUUAAGUCAAGUAACUUUCUAACAUAUAGAAGAAUUCUCUGUUGAUAUGUAGAAUUAUGUUCAAUAUGAAAUAGUUCAAUAUGAAGUUUGAA